AUGGUUCAACUCGCCCAAGUCGCAAUCAUCUUCACCACAGCUCUUGCUGGCUUUACCACUGCUAAAAGCUGCAAAACCGGAGGCAUCUACUGCGGUACCUAUCUUCUCGAAAGGGGUGACUACAUUAACAAAAUCAUCACCAACCUACGGGCUAACAACAUGCCAACGGAUGACAACACCAUUAAGCAAUCUCUAUGGAGCUGCCUUGAGCACGGCGAUAUUCAAUUCAAGGAGAUGUGCACCAGGGGUUGCGUCGGCGGCGAUAAAAAUGACGACUACUGCACCGGAUCCCCUGAUGCUGGAGGCGAGAAGAGGGGCGAGCCAGUUUUCUGGGAGGCUUAA